CUAGCCUAAUGAUCUAUAUUUAACCACAGACGUCGUCUUUGCUUGCCUGACGAAAGCAAGCUCUUUCACUGUUUUUAUGGUAUACCUGUUUUUAUUUCCAUCAUCACUUUCAGCAAGAUGAUUAGAGCUGUUCUUUCUUACCGUUGCUUCAUUUUGAACUGAUCAUGGCUGCAGCAGUAGAAAAGAAAAAAGCUGAUGUGAAGAUUGUCAUUGUUGGUGAUGCCACAGUUGGGAAAACAACUUUUAUUCGACGAUAUAUGGAUGGAGUUUUCACAGACAAUCCUGGUCAAACUGUUGGGGCAUGUUUCUUUCUGAAACAAUGGGGGAACUGCAAUAUAGCCUUAUGGGAUACAGCUGGGGAGGAACGGUUUUCUGGUCUGAGUUCGUUCUACUGCCGUAAUGCAUCUGCUGCCAUCAUAGCCUAUGACAUCACAAGAAAGAACUCCUUUGAACUGUUACAGGAGCGUUAUAUUCCACUCCUUGAAUCUGCCAAAGAAGACUGCCUUCUCUGCUUGACAGGAAUGAAGAAUGACCUUGUCACCAGCAAUACCAGACAAGUAGCACAUGGUGAAGCCAAGGAGUUUGCUUGUAGACUCAACGCAAGUCGGUUCCAGGAGAUCAGAAGAAACAAUCCAAAUCAGAAAAUCCAGGCCCCUUUCUUCGAGACCAGCUCCAAGACCGGUGCAAAUGUGGACCAAGUGUUUGAAUAUAUAUUCAGCAGUAUCUUGCCAAGGACAGGGGGAAAUAUGGCACAAAAGAAGGACACAGUUGAUAUGAGCGGUGACUCUGGGAAUUCUAAAGAACAGCUCAAAAAGAAAGGGUGCUGCAAUUGACACACAUCUCGCGUCAUGUAUUUUUCAGAUAGAAAUGUUUAAUAUAAGAAGUUCCAGCACAGCAUCCAGACAAUGUGGUAAGAAAUGCGUGUUUGUCCUGUCCUUGUUCUUGUGUUGUUAAUAUUAUGGUAUUUCAUGAGAAAUUCCUUAAUUUUCUAUAUACACGUAGUAUGAUAUGGCAUGCAAAGUAUUGAUUUUAAUGAAAAAUGCACUGUUCGUGUGAUAACUCAAGAAACCUUUGACGGAUGAACUUCAUAUUUGGAUCAUGUAUGCAUAGGGGAAUGACAAUGAUUGAUUUGUUUUGGGGCAUGGAGGUCAAAUGUUGAAUGUCACAGAGUUUUAAAUACCUUAAAUGCCUUGUUCUUGUAAUAACUCAAGUACUGUUUGACAUAUCAUCUUCAAACUUUGGUCAUGUAAGCAUAUUGGAGUGAUGGUGAUCUGUUAAAGGGAUACUCCAGGCUGAAAAUAAUAUGAUUUGAACAGAUUAAGAAAAAUCAUACAAACAAAACACUGAAAAGUUGAUCAAAAUUGGACAAGGAAUAACAAAGUUAUGGCACUUUAAAGCUUUGCAUUUUUCCGAUGAAACUUUUCUAGGCAUGUCUUCAUGAAUAUUCAAUGAGCAAACUGAUGAUGUCAUAUCCCCACUUGUUCUUUUGUAUUUUAUUAUAUGAAAUUAGGUUUAUUCAAAAAAUUUCUACCAAGAACUAGAUUAAUUGAAUUGAAUAAUAAUUAAGUGCAAUAAUUAUUUAUUGCUGCAACUUAUUUCAUCAUAAUGGAGACACAUCAUUUACACAUUAAUUAAAAAAUGAAUUAAUUUUAAUAUCAUGUAAUAACAUAAGAAAAAUGGAAAUCUUAAACAUUCAAUAACUUUGUUAUUUGUUAUCCGAUUUGAUGAAAUUUUCAGCACUUUGCUCUGUAAAUUUUACUCUAUUUCCUUAGAUACAAAUAUCUUCAGCCCGGAGCAUCCCUUUAAGUUUUGCAGAUCACAAUGUCAAAGGUUCAAAUUCAGAGAUCAUUAUACCUGAAAAUGCAUGCAUUGUACAUGUACUUAUGAUAGCUGAUUAACAAAUUUGAGGUAUCAACUUCAAAAGUUGAAAAUGAUCUGAUUAGUUUUGGGAAGCAGAGAUCGAAGGUCACAGAGGUCAUACAUCUUGAAAUACAUGUAUAUAAUUUUCAUGAUAAUUCAAGAACUGUUUGAUGGACUGACUUCAAUCUUCGACCCCAUUCUCAUCUAUGUUGGUAAACUAGUUUAGUGGAACCAGUUUAGUGGGAACUAAUUUAAUGUGUAAUGGAGAUGCUUGAAGCAGUCUUGGAAGCGAUCUUAAGUGGUCUUCCAAACCAGUUUGGAAAACCACCUUGUGAUGUGGCUUUCAAAACUGCUUUGCCUUUUUAAACUGGUUUAAGUGUAGGUGAAUUAUACACAACUGUUCUUCAGGAAGCUAUCUUCGCACAGAAGUAUGAGACUGUGCAAACUCAGUAUACAAUGUGUGUAGAAUGUCUACGUUGCGGUUUCAAAUUUCACAUGAGACAAUUGACUCCACUGAGAUCGUUCCCCAGAGCAACAAGAGCACUUUACCAAUUUAUCCUAUCAAUGCUAAUGAAACUUGUUACUCACAUUGGUCAUGGAGUAAAGAGUGCAAGAUACAUUAUUUAAGUGUGUCAGAAACUGUUUUGCCAUAGUAAUUAUGAUGGUGUUGCCAUUUCCUCACAUAAGACCAUGGUGACCGCCAGGCUGGGGUAAAGAUCAACUUCAGUUUUAUCAUGAUUUCAAAAGUAUUUGAUGAUCAAAAUUUUUAAUUAAUAGCUAUUGUGUUUUAAAAAAACCUUGUAUUUGAGGAUUAUCUAAUUGAAAAUUUAUUUCACCAUGAUACGUGUACAUUUUCUUACAUGUAAAUUUGUUUUAACUCAUAACAUAUUCACAGUUUUGACAAGCUCAAUGUCAAAAAGUCAUCACGGCUGCUUUAUGGAGUUGCAUGUGCAGGCGAGGGUGCCAGGGGCAUUCCACCAAUAUUUAACUUACUACUAACAUUAUCUGAUGUGUUUGUGUUUAUAUGUUGUUACUCAGUGAUUCAUUGUUUGCUUAUUUUGUUUGAUAUCAAUUAGUUAUAAUAUAUAAGAACUGCAUUUUUCUCACUUUCAGUAACUUUUUCCUUUGAAAAUACUUUUACCUCAACUUUUUAAACAUCUUUUUAUAUCUAAUGUUACUUCAUAUAUACUUCACGUAAUGAAUUAACCAUGUGACUUUUUAAAAUGACAAUUACACCCUCAAUGUAUGCAUCACCCAUGCAUGACUUGAUACUGUAUAUCAAAAUAUUUUCCUAAAAAGUUGGUCAGUGGGAGUGACACUCCACUCUUGCCUUAUUAUUUCGCUAAAGCCUGUUUUGUUUGAUAAACAGAGAAUAUUUUAAAGGGGAUGAUGUUCUUUUUGCUGGUUUUUAUGAAGGAUUAAAAAUCAAUGUGAAUCUGAUUAUUAUUAUUACUAUUGUUAAUGUGUACAUGUUAUUUUACAACCAAGCUACAUAUAUACCCAACACUGGUCUCUAAUAAUAAUGAUUAAUAGAACAUUAUAAAAGAAGAUAAAUACACAAUAUAAUGAUUUGAGAAAAUUGGUAGUGUACAAUAAGACCAGUCAUUAUAGGUAUAUACCUGCAUAAUAGUUAUGAUAAAUUAUGAAGUAUCAUUAAAAAUCAGCUUUGAUGGAGAUAUAAUGAAUUUGUAAAGCUAAGACUGAGAAUAAUAUUGAAAUAAAACGAAAACAUGGUUUGACUGUGCAGGAAAAAUGUUGUUUUAGCUUAGCAUGAAUUUUACAGUUUGUAAACUACAUGUAGGUAUACAUUCAAAAAUGAAAUUAGAGAUAAAUUAAAGAUAAAUUUAAAGCAGAGAAAAUGAAUGUAGACAUGAUUGAUAAUGUGGGUUAAAUAUAACUUGACCAUUUCAUGGUAGAGUAAACAAGCCUUCUAGGCUUAUUGUUCAUGUCUAUAAUAUAAAAAAUACUUUUACUCGUAAUCAUAUCUCUGUGUUUAUUACUGAUAUACUUCCUUUAAAUUCACAGAGUGCCAAACAGAUUCUAGUUGAACACAUGUCUUUCAUUAGAACUAACUAAAAAAGGAAUAUGAUGUAAUAAGAGUAUUUCAUAGUUGAAAUCAAUGUGGCUCUUUUAAGCACUCUGAUUUGAUAUACAAACUGACCUGAUUCAGUGAUUCUACAUCCACUUCCCUACAAGGACCAAAAUUGUAUUUUUUUGUAAAAUUAUUACUUAGUUAUAUAUUUCAAGACAAUCAUGUCCCAAUUCAUUUAUAUAAGCAGAUAUUCAUGUAUGUUCAAAAUCAGUAUGAUUACCUGUGCCAUCAAUAUUACCUUUCUACAACUGUAUUGAUUGAAGCUCACCUUGUAACAAUUUACUCUAUUUUUCACUGGAUAUUUUUGGGAAUAGUUGUUUUUUAUUCUAAAAAAUGCUGUAUGGGUCAAAAUCCUGGCCUUCCUUUUAAGUGUAUGGACCUCUGAUUAGGUACCCAUUUCAUUACUUACUAUUAUGGCAAGUAUAUCAUUAUGAAAAAUACCAUAGAGAUUUGAGUUUAGUGGCAUGCUGCUAAGUCAUGUUACCAUGGCAAUUACAGUAUGGUAAUGGCAAAGCAACCACAACCAUGAGUUCUGUGCGAAAUGGGCCCCUCAUGAAUUCAACAAUCAUGGAGUCACAAAAAGGGGGCGUUCAAAUUGGUGUUCAUGUUUUCAAGGGAAGUGCAGUCAAACUCAGUGGUUUUCUCAUGGCAUUGAUCUUGUUAAUCCUAGGCUAACUCAAGGUUAACUAAGACUACACUUUUUAUAGAAUGCCAGCCAGUUCAUUUACAUACUAGAAGUACAAAUUGUCAAAUUUUGUAGAGAUCCCCCUCCCCUUAGAGAAACAAUUAUUUAAUGAGAAGAAAACUACCAUUUGAGUACAAUCAAGUUUCAAUGAAUAUUUUGAUGCAUUACGGUAUCCUAUUUCAUGAAUAUUGAAUGAGAAAGGCAAAAUAUAGCAUUCCAUAGAAGUCUUGACU